GUUCCACUCGGUUCAGGGGUUCUGAGGUGUAGUGAAAGCAGCAACGGUGCAACCGGUUGCACCGUUCCAGUUCUCGAGAUGUGGCUGACCGUUGUGUAUCUGUGUGCUGGGCUAUGGUUUCCAGUGUGGACUGCUGCUGCUGCUGGUGAUCCGGAACGUUUACCGAACGGCACCGUGCCGUUGCACUACGAUCUCUGGCUCGAGACGUCCAGUUUGGCCCGGAAUGACUUCAACUACCAGGGCAAGGUUGCGAUUCGGUUGGCCGUUGUAAGCGAUACGCCAAUCGACGGUGUGGUACUGCAUAACGUGGGCAAUCGUAUCGAGAAGACUGAACUGAAAAGCAUCUCCGAUGGUAACGUGAUUGCACAUGAACUAUCGCAAAGCUCCGAGUUACUGAAGCUCCGCACCAACCGUCUACUAAACCGACUCUCUGGCGAUGCGGAGCUACUGCUGACGAUAACAUUCAGUGGAUCGCUUGGAAAAGAAAAGAAAGGAUUCUAUCGAACGCAGUACCGAGGCCCAAAGCGUGUUCCGGUAACGGUGGCCACCACACACUUCCAACCCUGCUACGCACGGUACGCGUUUCCCUGCUUCGAUGAACCGGCGCUGAAGGCACCCUUCUCGCUAACGAUCGUAAGCAACCGCAACCAUCUGGUGGCGUCGAAUACGGCCAUCGCAAAAGUUACAAACCUCCCAGGUGAUCGUAAAACGGUCCAGUUUGAACAGACCGCACCACUGCAGACCUAUCUGGUGGCUUUCCUCGUGUCCACCUAUGAUGCCAUCCACACCAGAAGCCCAUCGGGGGUACAGGUUGGCGUACUGGCACCACCCAAGGAUCAGAAAGCGCUUCAGUUUAGUUUGCAGGCCGCAUCGGCACUGCUGACCCGGCUCGAGCGCUACACCGGACAAUCGCUGGGUUUGACGAAGCUCGAACACGUGGCCAUACCACGCUUUGGUAAUGCCAUGGAAAACUGGGGCCUAGUGGCGUACGAUGAGCAGUUUCUGGUACUGGCCGGUCGGAAGGUGCACCGUCAGCAGCGUGUCCAGGCGGUCAUCACGAUCGGCCACGAGACGGCCCAUCAACUGUUUGGGAAUCUCGUUGGCCCGGCCUGGUGGUCGUAUCUGUGGUUGAGCGAAGGGUUUGCUACGUACUUCGAGAUGAUUCUCGGGAGUGCCGAGUAUCCGGAUUUGAUACCGCUGGAGGAAAGCUUCGCUAUGCGCCAUAUGCGACCGGCACUGCAGGCGGACGCUGUUCCGGGAGCUCAUGCGCUAACGGUGGAACCACUACCGGCUAAUACGGCCCAGAUCGAGGAACUGUUUGAUUCGCUUACGUAUAGUAAGGCCGGGUGCGUGCUGCGUAUGAUCAACUGCACGAUCGGUGAGACCGCAUUCCGGGCCGGUGUACGACGGUAUCUCGAGACGCACCGUAACGGGGUAGUGGAACCGAAGGAUCUCUACGCUAGUUUCAGCCAAGGGAAUGAAAGUCUGUCCGCUGGUUGGCCCUCGAUCGAGGAGAUGUUCCGUAGUUGGACCGAUAAACCGGGCUAUCCGGUAGUGACGGUCGAGCGAUUGAACAUAUCCUACGUACGGUUUCGUCAGCAGCGUUAUCAACUGCAAGCGGAACAACCGGCGGACGACACCCCAUCCCGUUGGCUCAUUCCCAUCACCUACUUUACCAACAGUAGCCGCGGAAAGUACGAGUAUCGACCGGCACUGUGGAUGCGUGAAACGGACCGUGAGCUUGUGGUUCGCCUCGAGAUGAAGCGUACGGAUGUGCUGAUCGUGAAUCCACGCCAGAUUGGCUUCUACCGUGUCGAGUACACGCAGCAGAGGGAUUGGCAGAAGAUGGUACCAAGGAUACGGUCGUUGCCAGCCGUCACGCAGGCCAAGCUGAUCGACGAUGCCUUCGUGCUGGCCCGAAUAGGUCGCACCGGAUACGACGUGUGCUUGACGUUGUUGGAUCAGCUAAGCUCGAUGUCGAGUGCACUACCGUGGUUAACUGCAAUGUCCGAGGAAAAUGUCGGUUUUCUUCAGCGUUCCCUUCGUUCCUUCCGGUUCGACCGUGUCGUGCAAGGGUUAGCCGGUGAAAUGUUUCAGUUCUUUAGCAACACCAGCAGCAGUAGCGGCAACAGAAGGAGCACAGCCAUCGAAGCACAGGCACUGGAUCGUGCGUACGAUUGGUGGAAACGGCUCGGUGGAACUACACGUUCCGGUCGCCGACUGUAUGGUCCACGGUUUGACACCGGUUGUCCCCCAGCCCAGAUGCCUGCCCUUACCGCAGAUGAGCUAACCGUUGGAUUGGCCUCCCAGGACGAAGCGGAAGAGCUCCGUCUUUUCGGUCGCCUCAAGUGUCAAAAGCAAUCCCAGGACACGGCCCUCGUCACAGCCUUAGAACGUAUCGCCAAGAACGGUGGUCAAACGGACACAAGCGACCUGUAUCGGUUGCUGCUCAAGCUACUGGACCUUGAUCCCGGUCGGUUUCUUUCACCGGUGCUACAUAUCCUAACCGAUUUCGAUCGAUUACCGCGGGGUGAACCGAUUGCCGUGGCGGCAUUUCUACGCUUACUGAAUCGCAUCCUACUAGAGGUCACUGACCACAAGCAAGUGGCCGUGGUACAGCAGUUAAUAGGCCAACAUGAAUCCUUACUGCCACACAGCUUCCUCGAGCACGCCAGCACCAUCAUGACGUCAACGCUCAGCUGGCGUAUGGCGAAUGUUGCGAAACUAAAUCGUUUCCUCCGUCUCCACGGUGAUGGCCAGCUUCGCCCAAUUCAACGCUCCAUAGAACCAAUAGUAUAAGGUGACGGUCCAGAAAUAGUCCUUGCCAUUGCCAAUCCCGGACCACAACGCGUGGCUGCAUUAAUGAAGAGAGAGUGUGUCCUUUGCGCCGGUGGAGCAUCGAGAUCGAGAUGAAGAUAUAUCCCGGGUCCCGGAGUGUUGUUCUUUGCGAUAGUUGGUAGCACAAUAAGGCCAGCACCUGAUGUCGUUUCCUGGGAAGGAGACGGAGCAGUUCCAAUUCUUAUAUUUAGAUAUUAUUGUGUUUCCAGUUUCGUAGUACGUUAAACAUUGAUAGAGUUCUAAUAAAGAUUUUUAACUUCAAAUCGA